CCCGGGUCGGACUGUGAAGACUCGUUUGGUCGCUGCAUAGGUGGAGUAAACUGAGCGGAGUGCGAAAAUACCAAAACGAAACAAACCACAGGUGUGUCGGAUGAAAGGACAGAUCUGGCCCGCCGGUGCAUCUUGGAUAAUACGUGUUUUGUGAUGGAGUGGCGCGAGCAGUCCGCUGUCAGCUGUGACGAGGCUUACUUGGAGGCACAGAGAUGGAUUGAGGCAGUAACCAAGCAAAAACUUGGGAGCGACGACUUCCGAUCAGCGCUGGAGAAUGGAGUUCUGUUGUGUGAUCUGAUCAACAAGAUCAAGCCUGGCAUCAUAAAGAGGGUUAACAGGCUUCCCACACCUAUUGCUGGACUGGACAACCUAAACGUCUUCCUCAAGGCCUGCGGGAAGCUUGGACUAAAGGAAGCCCAGCUCUUUCACCCGGGAGAUCUUCAGGACUUAUCCACAAGAGUCACUGUCAAGCAUCAAGAGACCAACAGGAGGCUGAAAAAUGUACUGAUCACCAUUUACUGGCUGGGGAGAAGAGCUCAGUGUGAACGUUUCUAUGAUGGACCUUACCUGAAUUUUAAGGCAUUCGAGGGCUUAUUGGGCACAGCACUAUACAAGACUCUGCAGGAAUCGUCCAGUCAGAAAGGCAGCAACGUCAGAGACAGUGGUUUUGGAGAUAGCUGGUACUCAGAGCGAGAGGAGCUCUUCCAACUGAGAGGAGAAGUAGGAGGAGGCGGAGGCGGACACAGGAGAGACGACUCCCUAGACAGCUUGGACUCUUUGGGCUCCCAACCCCAGAGCAUCUCAUCUGACACCACUCUUAAAGGCAGCAGUGAGGGUUGUUGCAGUGACACUGAGGCAGACUCUGUGUUCAGGAUGGCUGAGAACAAAGACAGUCUUAGUUACCGCCGGUCAGUAACCAUUACUCCCAAGGCCAGCUCCCAGUUCAACCAGUUCCUGCCCACUAAAAACAAACCAUCAGCCUACGUGCCCGCUCCGUUAAGGAAGAAACGGGCUGAACGCAAUGAGGACAGCCGGCGCAGCUGGGCCAACCCCACGUACACCGAGGAUGAAGGCAGACUCACCAGACAGUGCCAAACGCAAGAGAGUAUCGACGGGAGUAAAUCAACAAGCGAUAUCCAGGUCAACCCCACCGUCGUCCGGCAGGUUCUCCACGAAGAGCUGCAGAAGCGUCGUGAGGAGAUAAAGGACAGUGAUGAUAGGUGGCAGGAUGACUUGAGCAAAUGGAAGAACAGGCGCAGGAGUGUCAACUCUGAUAUAGUAAAGAAAAAAGAGGAAAGGGAGAAGAUAGAGGAUAUCACGAUCAGCAGCAACAGAAGGUCCAAGACCUUCAAGGAGAUGCAAGAGGAGAGAGAAAAUAAAGGAAAAGACAGCGUCGGCAGUCGUUUCGGAUCUCUGUCUUACCUGGACGACGACGAAGUAUUUGAUAGACCUGUCAUUACCCCACGCAUCCGAAACCAUCCUAGGAGCUACACUAUUGACACUCCUUACUAUUCCUCUGAAACCCCUGAGGCUUCUCUGAAAGAGGACGAACCCCCCGCUGCCUCUCCAGCUACUGGCAGGGCCGCCUCCCCUCCCACCUCACGGAAAGUUGACAUUUUGGACAGUCCUGCAGGCAGCUACGCCACAACCACCAUCACUCCCGCCAUCACUCCCGCCAUCACUCCCGCCAUCACUCCCACCAGCCGCAGGUUUUUCAACAGCUCCCAGUCUUCGGCAGCUGCACCUCUACAGAGGGGUCCUGUCUCAGACCGCACAGUCAAGACAGAGGAGACCACAACCAUCGUCUCCUCUUCUAGCUCCGUACAAAAGGUGCCCGAGCCAAGGCGCCCAUUGUCGAGCACACAGACCGAGUUGGGGGCCCCCUCCUCUGGUGUUCUGUACAAACAACAACCACAGCCAAGCUCAAUGGAACCCAAGCCUCCCGGGGUGUCUCGGGUUUCCGCCUCUCUUCCCAGGAGCUACCAGAGAUCGGAUAGCGCACGUCUAACCUCAGUUGUCACCGCGAGGCCCUUUGGGACCCAGUCGUCCCGCCUCACCUCACUUCCCCGAGCCUUUGCAGCGGACAACGCUCAGAAGCGCGUCAACGGCGACGCAGAUGUUCCUAAGAAACCGUCGGUGCCGAGCCGCUAUCAUCAGUUCAUGACUUCUGAGGACGAGAACCACUCUCAGUCCAGCUCGGUCCACAGCAGUGAAGACGAGGAGGAGGAAGAAAACAAGACCACGGGGAAGAGUAUCACCUCUACUCAGAGUGUCUCACCUGUCCCUCCUCACUUCAAGAGUGAAGUCAGUCCUGCUCCAGCCAAAGAAAUCAGCGAGGAGAAGUACUCUGAGAUGCGGAUCAGCCUGAACCAGAAGCCCAACAGCAGCAGAGACUUUGGCUUCCAGGCGGUCUGGGACUCAACAGGAGCUCGCGUCACGACCAUUCAGCCAGGCAGCCCGGCAGAGAUGUGCCAGCUUCAGGUCGGAGACGAGGUGUUGACGGUGAACGGGCACAAGGUGGCAGAAAUGAGCUACACAGACUGGAAGUCGUGCAUGGAGGAGGCUAUUCAGGAGGGCAAUCUGGUCAUGGAUAUACGCCAUUAUGGCAAGAACAACUGGGACAGAGAUCAACCUUCCUUGCCAUUUAAAAGCCAUAAGAUCAUCAAUCUGACCAGUAUGGAUCAUCCGAUACUUCUAGGUUCCCCUGACACAAACACUGUCAGCUCCAGCCUGGAUUUCACUUCACGCUCUUCCGUGGAAAAGCUGCCAUCCAAAGAUGCCCCCGCCCACCCCGUCGUUGAUGUGGCUUCAAACGGAGUCAAUGGAGGUUUCCGUGAGCAGCAGGUGACGAUGAGGAACAAAGAGUCAGAAACCAUAUCUUUGAAAAACUUAAAACGGAGGUCAGAGUUUUUUGAAAAAGGAGGAUCAGACUCUGCAAUGCCAGAUAUACCUGUUCCUUCAAUCACUCCUUCUUCCAGCCGCUGGUCUUGGGACCCAGAAGAGGAGCGCAAAAGACAAGAGAAAUGGCAGAAGGAGCAGGAGCGCCUCCUACAGGAGAAAUAUAAGCGAGACCAGGAGAAGUUGCAGGAGGAAUGGCUAAAGGAUCAAGAAGAGGUUGCCAACAGCGUAGACCAACAAGAGCCCUGGAGCCUGGAAGUGAACAGACACAGCAUCAGCCCACACUCACCACGCUCUCCUGUCAACUUGCACACCUCUCCUACGUGGGAAGAGGAAGAGAGAAAGAGGAAGGCGGAGCAGGAGCUGGAGCGCCAAAAGCAGGUGGAGGAGCAAGAGCGCCAAAGGCAGGUGGAGGAGCAAGACCGCCAAAGGCAGGCGGAGGUGCAAGAGCGCCAAAGGCAGGCGGAGGAGAGGAGGAAGAGGGAAGAGGAGGAGCGGGAGUUGCAGCGACUCCAGGAGGAGAGAAAGCGGAAAGAAAGGCAGAUGGAGGAAGAGAGAAAGAGGAGGGAGGAGGAAGAGCUGAUGUGGCAGAGGAGGAGGGAGGAGGAGAGGGAGGAGGAGGAGAGGAGGCGGCAGGAAGCUGCAGAGCAGCAGCGCAGAGAGCGGGAGAGAGCCUUGCAGCAGCAGCAACAGUGGGCUGGUGACUCCCAUGGCUUUUCCAAUAUCCAGCCAUCACUGUCCUUUACAGACAGGAUAAGAUCUCAAUCAUCUCCCCAGCUUGAUGAAGAGGAGAAACCUAAAGGUGUGCAUGGGCAGCCGGGGGGCAUGGCUCACUGGCUGCUGGAAGAGCAGGUGAGGAGUGCGCGUGACAAACAGACUCCGAGUCAGCGGGCUGCAUCAGAGCUGGAGAUGGAGAGGAGAAACAUCCUCAAUGCCAUGAGAUACAGAGAGCCGGAGAGAGUGACGGGCAGUGGUGUUGGUGAGAUGAAGGGUAGGACGUCCGUGUCGCAAGCAGAGCAGGAGCGGCAGCAGAUCCUGAACGAGAUGAAGAAGAAAACUCCGAUGCUGAGGGACAAAAGCUGGAUCCGCCAGGGCUCCUCCACCAUCGCCACCAACAAGGAGUCCGACGUGCCACCCAUGCGAAGAGGUGAGUCUCUUGACAACUUGGACGCCUCCAAAAACUCCUGGCGCUCAUCAUGGACUCCCAGAAGCAAUUCUUACAUCCAAAACUACACUGGUCCUCAAUCUGCCCUCUCUGGCAACACUUCCUCUUACGGUGGUGGUUUGGGGUCCAAGCGGCCCGUCUCCUCCAUUCUGCCUUCCUCCUACUCCAUGGGCUCCCUCCGAGGCGGGGCAGGAACCCCCUCGUCCCCUUGGUCCCGGCAGUCGUCUUCCCCCACACCCUCCUCUCCAUCACCCACCACUUCUCCAGAGCCCACGUCGGAGGCGGGCGACCCUCAGCAGCGGAGCAGGUCAGUGAGUGGCAAGAAAAUCUGUACGUUCUGUGACACCCCGCUGGGAAAGGGAGCAGCUAUGAUCAUCGAGUCCCUUGGGCUCUGUUAUCAUUUGAGCUGUUUUAAGUGUAUCGACUGUAAGUCUGGUCUCGGCGGAUCGGAAGCCGGUGCUGAAGUCAGAAUACGAAACAAACAGCUCCACUGUAACUCCUGCUACAUGCGAUUCAAAGCUGGCCUGCCAACCUCUAUGUGACGUGACUGUACUCCAGCAGAUUGACGAAGAGACUACUUGCGACAACAACCCAUGAACAUUUAAAGUGAACAUUGAAGCCAUUGCAAGUAGCUGGGACACUUGGUGUGGACAUAUUUCCAUUUAUGAAAAUCUCAGUUGCCUCGCUGAUGAGAAUUAUAUUUGUGUUUCCUUUUUUUUUUUUUCAGCGUGUGAUUGAGAGGGUAAGCUUGCAAAGAAGUUAUCUACUUUAAUGCGUUUAUAUCAUAUUAAGUAUUAAGGGGUUCUGCAUGCACCGGAGUUUUAAACGUUUUAGCUACAAAACUAGUCAAAUAUGUUAAAUUGUCUAUAAGAUUAUUGUUGCAGAUCUUUGUAAUGACCUUCACUGAUAAUAAAGAUUUUAGAGAUCUUGAGAGAGUUUGCAAGGGUUCAGUCUUCUCUUACUCAUGCUUCGUUUCACGCUAAGUCUUGUGGUAUUAACCCGUUUGUCGACCAAUGUAUGCUCGUCAGGUCUGUGUCCCUUUUUGUUUUGUAACGGGGGAAAAGUAAUUAAGAUUAUUAAGAUUCUUUCAAAACCUAUUUAAAACCAUCUUCUUGGAUAGCACUUGUCU